AAAUAAUACACUUCAAAUAGGUUCAUUAUAUGUUAAUUAUACAUCAAUUAAGUUGUGAAAAAAAAAAGGACACACUUAUUAGAUAAUUUAAAAGGUACCGAAAAAACACAAUAAAGAAAACAAACAAGUGUGUAUGCCCUUUGGCUCAGCAAGACCAGGUUUGGGAAUUUAUCCACAAACGAAAAAGCACCUUAGGCCCUUAAGAACAUGUGUUCAAAAACAUUUAUCACAAUAUGGCUGAAACAAUAUUGAAGCAAAAACAAAGACAACUUAAAAUAUGCCUCACAAAGGGAACAGAUCAGUAAAUCAUCAAGAACUACUGUAGGAUGAGUAUUCCUUAUCUGAAAGUUUUGGAGAAAGAAGUGUUUCAGAUUUCAGAUUCUCUUUGGAUUUUGGAAUAUCUGUAUGUACAUAAUGAGAUAUCUUGGGAGUGAGACCCUAGUCUAAACACAGUAUUUAUGCCUCAAGUAUGCCUUAUACGCACAGCCUAAAGGUAAUUAUAUCAAUAUUUUAAAUAAUUUUUUGCAUGAAACAAAGUUGGUGUUAAGUACUUAAGUGUGAAUUUUUCCACUUGUGGUGUUGUGUCGGUGUUCAAAAAGUUUCAGGUUUUGGAGCAUUUCAGAUUUCAGAUUUUUGGAUUAGGAAUCCCCAGACUAUAUGUAGCCAUUAAAAGGAUGAAUUUAAUGAGUAUACUUCAACUGGGAAGGAUGUUUAUGUUGUAUGUUUAAGUGAGUAAAACAAAAUGCAAAUUACCAUCUAUGCUAAUAAAGGGCUGACAAUAGGAUAGACAAAUGGAUGGUCUGCCUAUAGAUGUGUGGAUGGAUCUCUCCUAUACGUGCACCUCCCUGCGUGUACGCAGAGACAGGUGACAAUGGCUACACAUUCAAUGCUGAUUAUUUGUUACUAAAGGAGGCUGGAUUUUAAAAGAUUUGGGAAAGGUUUGUUUGCACAUUUCUACAAAAUGAGUAUGUUUUACUCCUCUGAUUUAAGAAAAAUGUAAAAUGAAAAUAACGUAAAAUGAAUAAAAAGUCAAGGUUCAAUUUGCUUUGAAGUGCAUUUAAAAAUGCGUUGGCUUGCAGAGGAGAGGAGGCUCGCAGGGUAGAGGAAGCUGGUAAGGCAGAGCUGAGAUGAGAAAGGGGUAACAAAAUGUUAGUGGUGGAAUCUAGGGAGGCAGCCAUUAAACUGAGGUAGCUCUAAUGCCCUGAUUUUCUACAAGAGCAAAUUGAAACUUAACUCAGACUCAUUUCCUGUAAACAGCUAAUUUAAAAGAACCUGAAGCUUAAGCCCAGUCAAUCACUGACGGCCAACUGGACAUCAGUUACACGGUCUCGAACUUUCCACCACGAUGUUAAAAAUCAUGCAAGGGCAGAGACGCUAAGCAACCAAAGCAUCUGUAAUAUUUAUUCCACUUUCGCCUUCACCCUGUGGAAACCUCCCCUUGUGCUCCGUUGCAGAGCCCCAAACCACCUCUUGUGGGGAGCUACUGGAUUCAUGAAUCGCUGUCUGCUCAGAUAAGUUCUUUAAAAUGUGAACAUGUCAAAGCAUUUCUUUAAAUGAUAGUAUAUAGAUAUUUGCUGUACCACUUGAAUAUUUCCAUUAUAAAAUAUUGAUGGGAAAACUAACAUAAAACAAUAGACAGACAUAAAACAACAAUACACUGAAAAGACAACAUCUGUGAUGCAAUAGGCAAGUCGCUCCUUCCUGUACUGCCCAGCUCCGCAUGCUCCCUGACCAUCCCUGCAGCAGCCCUGAUGUGUCAUUGUCCCCCUCUUAACCUGCACUGCGGAUGCUGCAGCGCUGGUCUCCGGAGCCUGGGUCUGGGCAUUUCUCCUUAGAUAUGUAGAGGCCCAGAAAAUGUUUGGAGCCUAAGAAGCCCUAGGACUCCAGGUCUCCAGGGCAGCCCUAGCUUCUUGGGAUGACUUUCCCUAAUACCACAGGGGUGUUCUAAUCCCAGGCAGAGCCAAGCUGCCCCUCACCAACUCCUAUGUCCUCAACUUCCUUUCAAAACUUCUAGGACGGUUAUUGCUGGAGGACCUAGUCCUCCAGCAAUACUGAGGCUUUUCUCCUUGUUCUGUUUUUCCCUUUUGAAGAAGCCAAGGCUCAGAGCAGUCGAGUCACCUAAUCAUGGUUUCAUGUCACCUUAUCAAGGUCUCACCCACUCACCUAUUCAGUUCUCACCAGUUCAGUUCAGGGUGGCUUCUAAGCUGCCCUCCACAGCCCUGCCCAGAGGACAUUUGUAUAAGUGAGGGGGUGCAGGGCCUUCCAGCCCCCUCCAACUCCAAAACUCAGCCCCCGAGAUCAAAUGGACUCUCUGAACCCACCCUGGGCCUACAGUUGUCGGGGACUGGAUGGGAAGACGUAGAGCUCUAGGCUUUCACUCUGGGGACGUACCCAGAACAUACUCUCCUCAUGAGCUAAGGAAGCCGGCCGCCAUCGGCUUACAUCCCCCUACAACCCCUGGAGCUCAGAGAACUCUGAGGACAGAACUUGCCCUUCCACCUGCUUGGGCCUUACCCACAGGAGAUGCACUGCCUCUCUACCCAUGCCCCUCCAACUCAGGCAGCCCAGGGACUUGCAACAGGCUGAUUUUUUCUCAUAUCCCUCUAAAGGCUCCGGGCUAGCCACACAAAUCAAAUCCCAGUGAUAGGUCCAGACAUCCUAUCCUGAAACUACAUCUAGUAAGACUACAGUGAAUCCUUUCCCCAAAGACAGUCUUACUCCUGUUCUCCCCGAAGCCCUUUCUGGGCCAGAAGCUUUGCCUGGACUCAAGCGAUGGCAGACAAGUGCCCUCUGAGGACAUGGAAAUGCAUGCUCAGAACUUUGAUUCUCCAAGUGGAGGCAGAAAGGCCCAGCCUUCCCAGCAGGGCUAAGGAUAUGCAAGGAGUGCAUUCAUCCGGAGGUGUUGGCAGCAUCCCAGCCCCGCCCCAUUCUCAUAGUAAAUCAGGCUCACUUCCAUUGGCUGCAUAUGGUGGAGUGAUGUGACCAUAUGUCACUUGAGCAUUACACAAAUCCUAAUGAGCUAAAAAUAUGUUUGUUUUAGCUAAUUGACCUCUUUGGCCUUCAUAAAGCAGUUGGUAAACAUCCUCAGGUAAUGAUUUCCAAAGAGCAGACUGUGGGUCUCAGCUGUGCAGAGAAAGCCCACGUCCCUGAGACCACCUUCUCCAGCUGCCUGCUGAGGCACACAGGCGUGCCUGCCUGCUGCCCACUCAGCCAAGGCGGUGUUACCGGAGCUAGCUUGAGACAGCUCUCCCGACACUCUGCCCUGGCCUUGCGACCACUGUCUGGGCAGUAGUUGUCUGUCUGUUAAGUGAGGGAAGUGCCCAUUUCCAGGGGCAUUCAGUGGCAAAGCAGGGCUUCCAGGUUCCGACCCCAUAGCAGGACUUCUUGGAUUUCUGCAGCCAGUCAGUUGCAAGCAGCACCCACAUUAUUUCUAUGAGAAGUGGCAGGAGCUGGGAUCUCAAGAGUCCAGCAGUCUACCUUUCCCUGUUUCUUGUGCUCUAUGCAUUCGGAAGGAAUGAUCUGGAUUCCAUGUGAAGCCUGGGACCACAGAGACCCAAGACUUCCUGCUUGAUUCUCCCUGCAAACGGCAGGCUGUGGGUUGAGCCUUCAAGAAUCAGGAGUCACCUCUAGCCAUUAACUCUCAGAGUUAACCUCAUCUGAAUGGGAAUACUAGUCCUGUGAUACCUGGAAGGUGGGCGCCUCUAUAUGCCACACCCUACGUGAUGGUCCAGACACAUCAUUCCUAGCAUUAGAAAGCUGUAGAUGGACCCCUUCUGUUCCCUGGAGGCAUUAAUGGUACAUAGAAAUAAAUCUCAGGCUCUGAGGCUGAUGGCAGCCUCAGACUCAGCCUCUGUACUGUAUGGGCCAACUGUAGCCCCAAGGGCUUCUUGCUGCAACCCCUGUCCCCACCUAAAACAAUGGGCUUCUAUUAGUUACAAAACUCUCUGGCCUGUUUUUUUUUUAGCUAUGAAACAGAGAUAAUAUCUAAUACAGAGAACUUGCCAGUAAUGAGUGCUUCCUACUUGCUGGGUACUGGGAAGAAGUGGUUUACACAUAUUUUCUCACUUAAUCUACACAAAAAGUAAUUAAGACACUUCCCUAAGGCCAUGGGAGAGACAGUGGAAGAACCAGUUCUCCAAGGAGGACUUGCAAGUUAAUAACUGGACUCUGCAAGGCUCUGGUGGAAACUGUCAGCUUGUAAAGGAUGAAGCACAGUGUCUGGCAUGUGGCAGGAACUAAAAUAAUGGCAGCGAUUAAUGUUGUGAUAUGCAGACGCAGCAUAGCAAGAUAAGAUGCAAUGUACCUUCUGGGUCAAACCACCCUGGCCACUCCUCCCCGAUACCCAGGGUUGAUGUGCUUGAAUUAGACAGGAUUAAAGGCUUACUGGAGCUGGAAGCCUUGCUCCAACUCAGGAGUUUAGCCCCAGACCUUCUGUCCACCAGCUGAGGAGGACAAGGGCAGAAGGCAGCUGCACAGAGCAGGGCCACGGCCUUGCACACAGUCCAGGGGGCUUUUGUGCAAGAGCCAGGCCUCCCCCUGGGUCCCAUGAUGAGAGAAUGGGUUCUGCUCAUGUCUAUGCUGCUCUGUGGCCUGGCUGGCCCCACACACCUGUUCCAGCCAAGCCUGGUGCUGGACAUGGCCAAGGUCCUCUUGGAUAACUACUGCUUCCCAGAGAACCUGCUGGGCAUGCAGGAAGCCAUCCAGCAGGCCAUCAAGAGCCAAGAGAUUCUGAGCAUCUCAGACCCGCAGACGCUGGCCAGUGUGCUGACAGCUGGGGUGCAGAGCUCCCUGAACGACCCUCGCCUGGUCAUCUCCUAUGAGCCCAGCACCCCCGAGCCUCCCCCACAAGUCCCAGCACUCACCAGCCUCUCAGAAGAGGAACUGCUUGCCUGGCUGCAAAGGGGCCUCCGCCAUGAGGUUCUGGAGGGUAAUGUGGGCUACCUGCGGGUGGACAGUGUCCCGGGCCAGGAGGUGCUGAGCAUGAUGGGGGAGUUCCUGGUGGCCCACGUGUGGGGGAAGCUCAUGAGCACCUCCGCCUUAGUGCUGGAUCUCCGGCACUGCACGGGAGGCCAGAUCUCCGGCAUUCCCUACAUCAUCUCCUACCUGUACCCAGGGAACACCAUCCUGCACGUGGACACUAUCUACAACCGCCCCUCCAACACCACCACGGAGAUCUGGACCUUGCCCCAGGUCCUGGGAGAAAGGUACGGUGCCGACAAGGAUGUGGUGGUCCUCACCAGCAGCCAGACCAGAGGCGUGGCCGAGGACAUCGCGCACAUCCUCAAGCAGAUGCGCAGGGCCAUCGUGGUGGGCGAGCGGACUGGAGGAGGGGCCCUGGACCUCCGGAAGCUGAGGAUAGGCGAGUCUGACUUCUUCUUCACCGUGCCGGUGUCCAGGUCCCUGGGGCCCCUGGGUGGAGGCAGCCAGACGUGGGAGGGCAGCGGAGUGCUGCCCUGUGUGGGGACACCGGCGGAGCAGGCCCUGGAGAAAGCCCUGGACAUCCUCACUCUUCGCAGCGCCCUUCCAGGGGUGGUCCACUGCCUCCAGGAGGCACUGAAGGACUACUACACGCUGGUGGACCGUGUGCCUACCCUGCUGCAGCACCUGGCCAGCAUGGACUUCUCCACAGUGGUCUCCGAAGACGAUCUGGUCACCAAGCUCAAUGCCGGCCUGCAGGCUGCAUCCGAGGAUCCCAGGCUCCUGGUGCGAGCCAUCAGGCCCAGAGAAACCCCUUCUGGGCCCGUGCCCGAUGCUGCAGCUGAAGACCCACCAGGGGCAGCCCCAGAGUUGCCUGAGGACGACGCUAUCCGGCAAGCACUGGUGGAGUCUGUGUUCCAGGUGUCGGUGCUGCCGGGCAACGUGGGCUACCUGCGUUUCGAUAGUUUUGCUGACGCCUCCGUGCUAGGUGUUUUGGCCCCAUAUGUCCUGCGCCAGGUGUGGGAGCCGUUACAGGACACGGAGCACCUCAUCAUGGACCUGCGCCACAACCCCGGAGGGCCAUCCUCCGCUGUGCCGCUGCUACUGUCCUACUUCCAGGGCCCCGAGGCCGGCCCCGUGCACCUCUUCACCACCUAUGAUCGCCGCACCAACAUCACACAGGAGCACUUCAGCCACAUGGAGCUACCGGGCCCACGCUACAGCACCCAACGUGGGGUGUAUCUGCUCACCAGCCACCGCACCGCCACGGCCGCCGAGGAGUUCGCCUUCCUCAUGCAGUCCCUGGGCUGGGCCACGCUGGUAGGUGAGAUCACCGCGGGCAACCUGCUGCACACCCGCACUGUGCCGCUGCUAGACACGCCGGAAGGCAGCCUGGCGCUCACCGUGCCGGUCCUCACCUUCAUCGACAAUCACGGCGAGGCCUGGCUGGGUGGUGGAGUGGUGCCUGAUGCCAUCGUGCUGGCGGAGGAGGCCCUGGACAAAGCCCAGGAAGUGCUGGAGUUCCACCAGAGCCUGGGGGCCUUGGUGGAGGGCACAGGGCACCUGCUGGAGGCCCACUAUGCUCGACCAGAAGUCGUGGGCCAGACCAGUGCCCUGCUGCGGGCCAAGCUGGCCCAGGGCGCCUACCGCACAGCCGUGGACUUGGAGUCUCUGGCCUCUCAGCUCACAGCAGACCUGCAGGAGGUGUCUGGGGACCACCGCCUGCUAGUGUUCCACAGCCCUGGUGAGCUGGUGGUAGAGGAAGCACCCCCACCACCUCCUGCUGUCCCCUCUCCAGAGGAGCUCACCUACCUUAUUGAGGCCCUGUUUAAGACAGAGGUGCUGCCCGGCCAGCUGGGCUACCUGCGUUUUGACGCCAUGGCUGAACUGGAGACAGUGAAGGCCGUCGGGCCACAGCUUGUGAGGCUGGUAUGGCAACAGCUGGUGGACACCGCUGCACUGGUGAUCGACCUGCGCUACAACCCUGGCAGCUACUCCACGGCCAUCCCGCUGCUCUGUUCCUACUUCUUUGAGGCAGAACCCCGCCAGCACCUGUAUUCUGUCUUUGACAGGGCCACCUCGAAAGUCAUGGAGGUGUGGACCCUGCCUCAGGUCACGGGCCAGCGCUAUGGCUCACACAAGGAUCUCUAUAUCCUGAUGAGCCACACCAGUGGCUCUGCGGCCGAGGCCUUUGCACACACCAUGCAGGACCUGCAGCGGGCCACGGUCAUUGGGGAGCCCACAGCUGGAGGGGCACUCUCUGUGGGCAUCUACCAGGUGGGCAGCAGCCCCUUAUACGCAUCCAUGCCCACCCAGAUGGCCCUGAGUGCCACCACAGGCAAGGCCUGGAACCUGGCUGGCGUGGAGCCCGACAUCACUGUGCCCAUGAGCGAAGCCCUUUCCACAGCCCAGGACAUCGUGGCUCUGCGUGCCAAGGUGCCCACGGUGCUGCAGACGGCCGGGAAGCUGGUGGCUGAUAACUAUGCCUCCGCCGAGCUGGGGGCCAAGAUGGCUGUCAAACUGAGCGGUCUGCAGAGCCGCUACUCCAGGGUGACCUCAGAAGUGGCCCUGGCCGAGAUCCUGGGGGCCGACCUGCAGAUGCUCUCCGGAGACCCACACCUGAAGGCGGCCCAUAUCCCUGAGAAUGCCAAGGACCGCAUUCCUGGAAUUGUCCCUAUGCAGAUCCCUUCCCCUGAAGUCUUUGAAGAGCUGAUCAAGUUUUCCUUCCACACUAAUGUGUUUGAGGACAACAUUGGCUACUUGAGGUUUGACAUGUUUGGGGAUGGUGAGCUGCUCACCCAGGUCUCCAAGCUGCUGGUGGAGCACAUCUGGAAGAAGAUCAUGCACACGGAUGCCAUGAUCAUCGACAUGAGGUUCAACAUCGGUGGCCCCACAUCCUCCAUUCCCAUCUUGUGCUCCUACUUCUUUGAUGAAGGCCCUCCAGUUCUGCUGGAUAAGAUCUACAGCCGGCCUGAUGACUCCAUCAGUGAACUCUGGACACACGCCCAGGUUGUAGGUGAACGCUAUGGCUCCAAGAAGAGCAUGGUCAUUCUGACCAGCAGUGUGACGGCCGGCACUGCGGAGGAGUUCACCUACAUCAUGAAGAGGCUGGGCCGGGCCCUGGUCAUCGGGGAGGUGACCAGCGGGGGUUGCCAGCCACCACAGACCUACCACGUGGAUGACACCAACCUCUACCUCACUAUCCCCACGGCCCGUUCUGUGGGGGCCUCGGAUGGCAGCUCCUGGGAAGGGGUGGGGGUGACACCCCAUAUGGUUGUCCCUGCAGAAGAGGCUCUCACCAGGGCCAAGGAGAUGCUCCAGCACAAUCAACUGAGGGUGAAGCGGAGCCCAGGCCUGCAGGACCACCCAUAGGGAAGGGCCCCGUAGGCAGAGUCCCAGGACAAACAGAACCUCUAGGAUAUACACCAAGGGCACUCCUGCAGGUGGCCCGGCCUGAGGUUCCCAGGGGCAGCAAAGGGGCCUGCUGAGCUCUGGUUAGGCUAGAGCUGGAGGUGUGUAUACAUACACACACACACACACACACGUAUAUACACAUAUAUAUAUGUGUAUGUAUAUGUAUAUAUAUGUAUGGCUUUCCAAUAACAACCUAAAUUUUAAAAAAGGUUCCUUCUAGGUGGUAGAACUUGGGGUGGUAUCUUUCUUCUUCAUACUUUGCUCUUUUUCUUAAAUACUCAUUAAUGUGCAUAUAUCAUUAUUUUCAGAUGCAGCUGUCAUUAUUCCAAAAUAUAAAAAAUAAAGAAGAUAAAAUAAAUUAUAUAACUGAGCCAUUAACCACAA